AUGGCGUCCUUACAGGCGUUGUGGGGUCCAGCGACCCGGCAGCUCCUGCGAGUCGCUGUGGCCAAAACCACAAACGUGGUUCGGACUAAACUCGAUGUUAUAGCACGGCCCCUGCAAAACCAUCUCAGAUCCGCCAGAGUUGCUCGACAGCCCAUUCACCCCGUUGCUGCUCUUCGACAGCAGAGACGCCAUACCGGUCGAUGGUUUUCGAGCUCCACGGCCCAGAACGUCAACCGGGUCAUUCGGAGGUUCGUUAGCUCCGAGUCCAAGGCUGCUCGCUUCGACCGAUCUAAGCUCCCGAGCUCGAACACUUCACGACGUGUUGCGCAGUUCUCUGGUCGAGCUCCUUUUGCCAACGCUCUCCGUCCCAAUUUGACGGGUGGAGCUUUCCCCCGAAGUGCCGGUGGAUAUAGCCUUGGAGGAAGUGCUCGAUACUUCUCCCAUGGUCCGGCCGCUCCGGCCCAGGUCGUGCAGAAUGUCUCUCAAGCUAUGAGAGCAUUCUUCCUUUCUGGCCAGAAGCUCCGCUAUGAUGGCCUCAGCCCUCGAGGUGAUCGACAGUACCGAGCGGUCUCGCCUGUUGAAGACCAGGCCAUGAACAAGCUCUCCGCCUUCUCCAACAACACCCCCGGCGCUUACGUUGACUUCAACCUCAGCCCCACCGUUACAGCUCUUAGCCCUCUUGCCGCCGCUAUUCCCUUUGCCUCUGAGACCUCUGGUUUCAAGGCCGAGGCUGCUGCCGCUGGUGCUUCUCUCAACACCGAGGGUUUCCUCGAUGUUUUGGCUUCUGACUUUGGUCGAGCAUUACAGGAUCUCAGAGCGGUCGAUACCGACCUCCGGAAGCUUGCGAUUUUAGGUGACCUUCCAGUUUUAUUAGAAAAGCACAACACUCUUCGAGUCCGCUUCCCCGGCGUCGACGCUGAAACCAUCGAGCGAUUAUGUGAUGAUCUUGGGAUUCAGCGCGGUGUGGUGGGUCAAGAUCCCGAGUUUGACGAGGUUGCCGGUGUACCAGUGGCCCUCAAGUUUCCAUUCGCCCCUGACAGUGCUAAACCGCAAAGCGUAUCACUUCGGUCUUUGGAAGGUUAUGAUACCGAUGAGAUCUCGACUCUUGACGAGGAAUAUUUUGUUCACGCUGAGUGUUUGGACGAAAUGGCUGACAACCCGUGGUUGGCUGAGACGGACGGAUACGAGUCAAUGUCACCUCCGGCCAGUUCAGUAGCUGGACAGUCGGAAAGCUACGAGGGCCUUGAGGGAAUUUAUCGCUUCCUUGAGGAAUGUGACCAGGCCAAGGGAAAGGUUGGUCGAGUGAAUUGA